AGGGCUCAGUGGCUUGAGAGGUGUGGGCAAAUCAGAAGAUGGAGACUGCUCUCUUCCAGCUGACAGGCGAUAGUGAGUCAUGGAUGAGCCCCAGCUCCAAUUUCAUAUCCAUGGACAUGAUCUUCAGUGUCAUCUGUGGAGUGUGGCUCUUCCUCCUACUAAUCCCCUUCCUGAAGACAUACCCCACAUCACCACCACCUGGGAGUGGAGAGGACACCCCGAAGGUGACGAGGAGGGGACGGAGCAGGACCAGGAAGAAAAUUGCUUCUGCAAAAGGCUGUAGAGAUGGCAGAGAGAAUGUGGAAGAUACCCAGAAUGCACCACAGCCUGUGAAAAUCCCCAGCAAGCAUACUUUACUGGACUCUACACCACAUGCCUUUUGGAACCCUAAUGAGAAACCAGAUCAGCUUCCCCUCUCUCAGCUGCUGUCUUCUCUCAAGUUCUUGGAGGAUCUUAUGCAGCAGAAAUUUAGCCGGAUUUUCGGGGGCAUGCCCUCCUCCAUGCUCUCUGAGUCAGUGGUGGCUUCUGCCUGGGUCUCCAAGAGACCUUCCUCUGCAGGGCGUAAAACUGUGAGAUUCAGCGAUUUAUGUGGCCCUUUCCCAGCUCUACCCAUGGCUCAAGGACCUUCACAGAUGUCUCAGGCCCAGCCAUUGCCCCACCAACUUGUGACACCAAGCUUGGCAUGUGUGACAGAGGCUCAGACACUGGACAACCUCAUAAGCUCUACAACAAACCAAUCACUUUCUUCAUCUACAAGCAGAACCUAUGUAAAAGCAGGUUCUACCAGUGAGACAAGGAUGCAGGUGUCCCUCCGGACUGAAAACCAGCCCUGGCAGCAGGAUCUGGAGAGGAAAGACACCAUAGGCUCUAAUGUCCAAACACGUCAAGAAGACAUUAGCCAGCCCCCUCACAACUUCCCCGGGGACACCCUGCUCACUGAAGCUACCAGCUCAGCCUCCAUCCUUUCUGAGUGUCGUCAGGUCCUCCAGCACCAUGAGGAGUCACAGAGCGAAUGCAGGGGGACUAAGGUGAGAGAACAACCAGGUUCCCCAUCCAGGCUCCUCCCACCCCAGGAGCUGACCCAGAUGCAGGGACAUUUCCCAGCAAACGGUCCUUUCCAGCCCAAGGACAAGCCUGACCUCCCCGAGCCUGUCCAGCCCUCCAUCUUUGACUCCUCCGGGAUGCCCUUAAAGGAGGGCCCAGAAAAACAUAACAUACACACCCCCACCAAGGAGGGCCUUGAUUUUAGGGCCAAAGACUUGCCUUGCACUUCAAGCAGCAGCCCUAGGAAGGGCCUGGAACCCAGGAAGUCUGCACUGAGGACAGAUCAGCGGUCCUAUGUGAACACCACCCAGGACCUUUCCUUCCUUGACCCUAAAAUCCAAAGGAAGCUGGAAUCAAAUAUCACACAGCUUUCUGUGAAACGCAGAUGGAAACCAUAUCUACACACUUUCGAGUCAAGAGAUCUUACCCCACUGGGUGUUCCAGCCUCAUCCCUUCCCCAGAUUACAUGUUCCUCCUCACCCACCUGUGGUUCUAAGGCUGAAUACUAUUCCAAGGCUGCCAUGAUCCUGGAAAAUUUGCAUCACCGAGAUCCAGGAGGGACAAGGGUAGAAACUGUGUCAGCUGCCAGGCUGCAGACUCCUCUGUUUGUACACUCACCAUCAGAGAUUCAGGAGAUGCAAAGAGUCACUCCACCAGCUGCCAGCCAUGGGCCCUCCAAGGCCCAUCCAGUUACAUGGCGGAGCUACCUGAGUGCUCAGACCCAGGCUUUCUGCUUCCAGGCAAGAACCCAGCCGAGCAGGACUGUCAGAGGGACUGGAAGAGGCAGCCUACACCCAAGUACCAGCCCAAGAAUGCACAAGCAUGCACCAUGGAAGAGGUUUAAGAAUGUGGUCUCAGGACGUCCCUGCUGGAGUGGGACAAUGCUGGGUCCUCAAGAAAGGGUCCCACCUUCAGUGGUCAAACAAACCUAUAGAUCAGAGGAGAAAGAAGAGGCACACCCUGCCUGGAAAGUGAGCCUGGGAUCCACAGAGAUUCCCAAUGGCCAAGCCAUCGAUAUCCACCUCAGGGACUUUGCGUCUACAGAGGCCAAUAGAAGCCCAGGUCAGUUCCAAACACCUACUCCACAGCACUCAGGAGACUCGGCUCUAAAAACACAAGUGUGUAGUGAGGCUGACUUCAGAUCAAUCAAGCAGCCACAGGCCUGUUCCGUGGACCAUUGUCCAGACAUCCCCAGUUCAGUAACCUUGCCUUCAGAGCACUUGCUUCCUAGAUUUCAGCAUAGACCCAAAAUACUCAAGACCUCCCGGGGCCUAGGUGAAGUCUUCAUGAGGAGAGAUCAGAGCCAAGAGACUGAGGACUUCAGACUUCCCAAGGAUAAAAUUCAAGCAAAGAAUCACAAGGUGUUUCAUCCCAAUGAUGAGUGGGAGGAGUUUGUGACACCUAGAGUCGUGUGCCAGGAAGAAAUGCCUGAGAGCGGAAGUCCCUCUACGCCAGGCUCCACCCUGCUCAAGGAUAUAGCCAUGACUGAGUGUCAGCCCUCCCUUGAUAUGCUAGGAAAGGAACAGGAUCCUCUGGAAAGCUACCUGAAGAAAAUCAUAAAGCAUAUUCUACAAUAUCUCAACCUCAAGACAAAGGACAAGUGGCUGGGGGAUCCCCUGAAGAAUGAAUGCUCCCCACCAGCUACUGUGAUGACCCAGGAGUCAGUCACAAGACAAAAGGUCAUCUACAGUAUGGCAACUGAAGUCCAGUACCUCAUGAAUAUAGUGGUACAGAUCUUGGUGAACUGGCUGGGCCUUAAAUUAGAGGACCCAUUAGAGGUACAAUGCUGUAAAGUGGAACCACUGACAUCCCCGGUGGGUGGCUCUUGCCACUCUCCUGCAGGUUUCUAUGACUUAAAGAAUGGAAGACCAACAAGAAUAAUGAGCUCUGGUCGUACCAGCCCCAAGAGUCACAGCCAUCCUUUCACGUACAAGGGAAUCAGAGAUAAAUAUCAGUUGAGUGCCCCGAGAGCCUGUGAUCAACAUCAGAACAGAGUGAAGAGAGGAAUGGGCUUCGACCAAGUCCCCACCCGCAAGCGGAGCAGCCAUCUGUGUAGGUACAGGGGAAUUGGAGACAAGCUUCAGUUGCGUGUUGCCUCCCAGAGAGCCUAUGACCCAGAUCAAAUCAUAAUGAAGAGUGGAAUGGGUUGCUGUCCACAUGCCAGCCCCAAGGGACACAGCCGUCUAUUUAUGCACAGAGAUGUUGGAGACAAACAGCAAUCAGGCAUUGCCCAUAGUGCCUCUAACCUGCAUCAAAGUUCAAAGAAAGGAAUGGGCUGUGGCCACCUCAUCAGUCCCAAAGAGAACCACCAUCCAGUCACAUACAGGGAAACUGGAGACAAGGAGAAGUCAUAUGCUGCAGCCCAGAGAGCUGGUCACCCCAAAUGGACCUUAGCAGCAUAGGCCAAAGAGCAAGAGGUCUUCCAAAAGCCAUCUCAUCACCCAGCCCUUGUUUCCCCGUGCCUUCACGGUAAUAAAGGUUGUUUUGUUUUCCUGCAAAGAAAA